AAUUUUUUCCAAAAACCAGUUGGAGGUUGGGAACACUUUUCAGAGACGGCAGGGACGACCUCAACGAAAAAGACGAGGUACACGAAUAUUCAACUUCAAAUGCGCUUCAAACCCUAAACCCUCCCAAUUCGAGCCAAAUUCGACACCUUUUUCUCGAGAAAAUCUCAACUUUCUCUUCCUCUCCCAAGGUCCUCUCUCUCGAAUUCGGUUCACUUUGCGAUGAAACCAAAUUACUGGAGAUUAGGGUUUUUGCUUCUAUUCACUCUGCUUCAGCAUGCGAUCUGUGUUCGUGAGUCUUCUAACGAGGCUUACGUGACUCUUCUAUACGGCGAUGAGUUCUUACUGGGUGUUCGAGUUCUCGGGAAGUCGAUUCGGGACACGGGAUCUACUAAGGACAUGGUUGUUCUUGUCUCUGAUGGUGUUUCGGACUAUGCCACGAAGCUCCUCCAGGCUGAUGGUUGGAUUGUGGAGCUAAUUAGUUUAUUGGCAAAUCCUAAUCAAAUUAGACCAAAAAGGUUCUGGGGAGUCUACACAAAGCUAAAAAUAUUCAAUAUGACCAGCUACAAGAAAGUGGUGUAUCUUGAUGCUGAUACAAUAGUUGUAAGGAGUGUUGAAGAUUUGUUUAAAUGUGGGAAAUUCUGUGCCAACUUAAAGCACUCAGAGAGGCUUAAUUCAGGAGUCCUGGUUGUGGAACCAUCUCAAACAGUUUUUAAUGACAUGAUGACCAAAGUAAACACUUUGCCUUCUUAUACUGGAGGAGAUCAGGGGUUUCUUAACUCCUACUACGCAGGGUUUGCUAAUGCACAUGUUUUUGAGCCAGACUUGCCACAGAAAGUACUAGAUUCUAGAUCAGUUCCUGAGAUGGAGAGACUCUCAACUCUAUAUAAUGCAGAUGUUGGCCUUUACAUGCUUGCAAACAAGUGGAUGGUGGAUGAGAAAGAACUUCGUGUUAUUCACUAUACACUUGGCCCUCUUAAGCCAUGGGAUUGGUGGACAUCUUGGCUUUUAAAACCUGUUGAUGUCUGGCAGAAUGCUAGGGAACAUCUCGAAGAAACCCUUCCUGGAACUGGUGGUGGCAAAAAUCCUAAAGAUGAAAUUCUAGUGAAACUUCUUUUUCUGCUCCCGUUAUUUACUUUACUUUUCUGUUACUAUCGAUCUUUUCUUCAGAUCCAUUCAUUUUGCGAUCACGUUAGGCAACUUUACUACAAGUUCAGGUCUAGGGGUAUUCUUGCUUAUUCUGCUGUUUCUUCGUCUACAGUUAAUUCUGAUCAACAGCAGUUCCCAAACGGAUUGCAGUCCAAGGUGCCUAUGUUUUUGGGUGGACUUUCUGUUUUUGUCUGUUUUGUGGCUGCCUUUAUAUCCCUCGCACUUGCACUACUGAUUGUCCCUCGGCAAGUAAUGCCAUGGACUGGUAUGCUUCUGAUGUAUGAGUGGACAUUCAUGAUCUUCUUCCUAUUGUUUAGAAGUUAUCUACACUUAAUUUAUCAGUGGGGAAAGAUGAAGGCAUAUCAAGUGGGAUCUGUUUCUUCUCGUCUUGAAUCUGUUGAUUAUGAUUCUGGGAAAGGCCAUCAGCGGCAGGUAUCUUCUUGCGACAUUGCUACAUGCUAUUAUGGGUUAGGAAUGGCAUUCAUGGCUAUUGCUGCCCCUUCAUUGCCUUGUUUUCUGGCAUUCCUGGCUGUUGCUACCCCUUCAUUGCCUUGUUUUCUGGGGAUCACUGCCCUGUUCUUGAGGUUAGGCUUGAUGUUUGUGGGAGGCCUAGUUUUGGCGUCUUUCAUGACGUAUGCUUCAGAACAUCUUGGGAUUAGAUCAUUUCUGAGAGGUCUCGAAGAAAAGAACAUACCACGGACAAGGAGCAUGUGUUUCUUAUGCUAAUUGGAGGCUUAAAUCUCAAGUUAUGAAGAGCCGGCACCUCUCCCUUUUAUUUUUUUAAUGUGUGAUUUUCUUAACAUAUGUAAACCCAUGAUUGACUUGUAAUAUAUUGUGGGGGAUUUUGUUAGUUUAGAUAUCUGAUUCUUUUUCGUCUGCUGUAACUUUUCCCAGUACCAAUUGAUAACUUUGAUAUGUUGUAUACAAAAUUGUCUCUUCUUUUAAUGGAAAAGAAUACGUUCCACAAUUUAUUUUA